AUGGCUGGAAUAAUUGUGAGCGCUUCAAUUGGGGUGAUGAACCCUCUUCUUCGUAAGCUAGCCACCUUGAUGGGGGAGGAGUUUGCCAAGCUAAAGAACUUGAGGAAGGAGGUGAAGUAUAUCAGUGAUGAGCUAAGCAGCAUGAAGGAUGCUCUAGAGCGCCUUGCAGAUGUGGAUGAGCUCAAUAUACAGGCUGCAAGGUGGAGGGAUGCGGUCAGGGAGAUGUCAUAUGACAUCGAGGAUAUUGUCGAUGACUUCAUGCACAAAGUUGAAAACAAAAACAAAAAAACUAGCUUUGUCCACGACACUAUUCAACGCCUCAAAACUUCAAGAGCCCGCCAUCAGGUUGCUGGACGGAUUGAGGACAUCAAGAAACUCGUGCAUGAAACAAGUGCACGUCGUGAGAGGUAUAAGGUCGAUGUCCCGACAUCCUGCACUGUGGCUGUUGACCAACGGGUUGUCGCACUCUAUGAGAAUGCGGCUAAAUUUGUUGGUAUGGAGGGCCCAACCAACGAUCUUGUAAGUUGGCUAAAAGAUGAGGAGAAGCAGUUGAAGGUUGUGUCAAUUGUUGGUUUUGGAGGUUUGGGUAAAACAACACUUGCCAAUGAGGUAUACCAUAAGCUGAAGGGGGAAUUUCACUGUGGUGCGUUUGUUCCAAUGUCUCAAAAGCCGAAUAUUCCUAAACUUCUCCAUAGUUUAUUGACCCAAAUAAUUGGAUGUAGACAAUCUUUUCAUGAUUGUGAGAUAAAUGUUCUUCUCGACCAAAUCAGAGAAACUUUAAAAAACAAGAGGUACUUAUUCUUACUUUGUAUAUUGUUGUUGUUGUUGUUGUUCUCAUGUGCCUCUGAUAAUGGGUCUAUGUUUUUAAUAAACAUUAGCAUACAUUACGGUCUUUAUCUACAACUCCUUUCUCUAUUAUAG